UCAGCACAGUAUGACAUCAACAGAUAAAACAGGAAAACUGUGGCGAGCCUCUACCGUAUACCUGGGGUAAAGACCACGGAAUUAGGGACAAUGUAGCAAACCGUAGUAUUCUUCAAUCGACGUCUGCGCCUCCAUAUAGCUGAUCACGACUGCACUGGCACAUGAAUAUAAACGGUAGUUCAGUUGUGUUCAUUGCGUUGAAGAGCACCAGAGCGUGACAUGUGCAACGCGAUCAGUGAGAUCAACACGAUCAAGGACGAUCAACAACCUCUUGUAUUUUAAAUGAAUGCUGAGCCACACCUGUUUUCUUUUGUGGUCGUGAGAUUCAUGCCUUUGGAUGUUUUAUAUACUCUAUUGGGAAGGCAGGUGCUCGUACAUCAUCAGGUAUAUUCGCUUUAUAUUGCGUGUUUCAACAAGUUUUGAAAAAAACGCUCUACGCGCAACAUAUGGCAGUGGCUUCAUUUCGACCUCUUUUUUUUUUUUUUUUCAAGGCGGGCAGGCACAAAUAGCGCGAUAAAACUAGGGCAAACCCAGAGCUGCGUUCCCUACAUGUGCGCGCUUGUUCAUAUGCUCUGCAGCACGUUUUCUACAAAGUGUGCUUGAUCACGACGUUGGUAUAACUCUCCACAAAUGCGAAGCGCCUGGAGCCGCUGUUUGCACGUGUUCAUUCUGCCGUAAAUGUCUUCACCCCCUCGUUGCACAGCUGGAAAGAGAAGCAAUCAUGCAAGGGCAAGAAAGGUUCGUGGCCUUCGCCUCGAUGCUUCUCAAGUGGUGUGCCAUCGGCUGCUUCUUCCUGAGUUUUGACUGUAGGGUCGCCAAUACAAGCACAAGGAGAAGCAAGGCGCUCUGUCUGACAUUGCUGGAACUGGCGUACACGGUUUGCAACUUAGCAACGUCUUCAGCAUGCGCAUCGCAAGCACUUAUCCUCAGUCAAGACAUGAAAGCUGAACCUAUCGCAGACACACUCAAAACGCUAGAUAUAUUUACGCAUUGUGUCUUGUCCAUAUUACUGAUUAUAACGCCCUUUUCAUCAGUGUUCAUCAGGUGGAGACAGGCAACUGCAUCAUACCUUAUCUGGGGAGCCCAUAGCAUUCAACUUGCUUCCGCAGUCACCGAUAUCCUGCUGACAACAUGCCUAGUUGUGAGUUUGCGAGAACCUUCACUGCACACAAACGCUAUUUUUAUUCUGCCUGGCAUUGCACACAACUUACUCGGAUAGGUUUUGAUGGUGUGAUGAUACGAUGAAGUUUUCAGUUAGAAGCUGGGUGUUUGCAGAACAUUCAGCCAGCUGGUAAUCUUGCAAUGAACCUACACAAAUAAUAAUGAUAACUGUCUUUAUUUUGGGAUACAAAUGGUAUUGUUACUGCUU